AUGCCGCUGCCUCCCCGGAGAUGGAGGAGGCAGCCGACUGCUGUCCAAGGCCAACAUAGCCCGCGCCAUCCAACAGGGAGCUCGAGAUCCCCCGGCUGGACACACAUCCACCAUCACGCGCUGCCGGCCGCCACAACCUCCCGCUGCCCCGCACGAGACGCCGCCGACCGGCAGCACACGGGAGCUCAGGCGAGCUCCCACCACCCCCCUAUGCUGCCAGCCGGACCCCAGGCGCCAGAUCCGGGCGGAUCUGGCCAGACGCCCACCAGCGCGCCGCCAGCCGAGCCGGACCACCCAACAACCGCUGCACCACCACCGGAGCUCAGACCGUCGCCGCGCCGCCACCAGACGGCCGCACCGCUGCCCUGCACCACCGGCGCCGCGCCACUGGGCCCUGCCGAAGCACAGCGCCGCCACCCUCGAGCACCGCCCCGCGACGGACCUCGAAGGCAGAGGAGGGAAAGGCCCCGCCGCCGCCGCGCCGACCGGGCUUUGCUCAGCAUCAUGCAUCAAGAGGUUGCUUGGUUCGAUGAUCCUUCUAAUUCCAGGGAUUGGGGUUGUGCCGCUCGUCUACCACAGAUAACACCUCCCCAGGUUAUCUUUGCCACGAAGGCAGCACGCGACCUCCCUCUCUCUCGUUUCCUCUCCCGCAUAUCCCUCCGCCUCCGCCGCCAGGAGCGUCUCCACACCAACGUCGUCGUCUCGAGGCGGGAGUGGGUGGGAGGAGAAGACGGCGGCGGCGCACACGGAGAAAAGAGGAAGAGCGCCGGCCUUGGUCCACGCGACGACGGCCGUGAACUGCGCCUCCACCAGUGUAUGCGCGACGGGUUGCUGCCGCCAUCGCUCCUCCGGCGCUGGCCAUGCUCCCUCGUAGCAAAGUGCGGCGCUGCUUCUCCACACAGCCGUGUCGGCAAGGCGGCGGCAAGACCGAGAAGGUGGGCGGCGAUGCGAGCUCUCGUCCCGUGGAAGCCAUGGGAGGACGAGGUCGAUGCGGUCGUCGGCGCGUCCUCCGCUGCGGGAGGCCAUGAGCGAAACGAAGGAGGCGUCGUCAGCUGCGUGCCCGACCUCGCCACGGACGCCAGCGAGGCCAACCUCCCCUUCACCUCUGACCGGCAGGUUGCUGCCAUGGAACCAUGUUGACCUGAGCUAUGUGCCACCAUGGUAUCCUGCUCUUUUGUUUGUUUGAUCCAAUUGGUAUCGGUUCGAGUGUGUGAUGGAAUGGAGAUGAAAGAUCGUGACGACACUGACGGUGUACCGCGUCCACAGGUCAGUGGUGCCGCCUCUGGUUUCUUCCCCAUCAAUCCCAGACAUCGCUUGUACGCUUGCAUAAGUAGUUUGCCGCUCUCAAUUCUCACUCUAACUCUCUUGUCAUUCUUCUCUCUGUUUUCCUAUGAGGUGAGGAGAUUAGGCACAGGCUUGUUGUUGCUUUGCUGUACCAAAUUGGAACCAAUGAUGAAAAGAGAAGCAUGUUUUCUGUCGGAUAUUCAAAAUGGAUCCCAGCAGCAUAUGGUCCUUCAUGUAAAAGAUAAUUUUGUGAAUGCCAAGAAGUAAAAAAACAUUUGUAUGUUUGUGUCCUUUGGGACCCGUACAGACAAAUGGGAAGCUGCACCCAUUACCACAUAAAUGUAAAUUUUACAUGCCGGUCGAUUUGGGAAUCAGUUGUCCCAAUAAGAUGUGCUUAUACUCAUGUAGUUUACACUGAAUAAGAAGCUUCAGGUCACAUUGCUAUCUACAGUAUGUGCAACUUGGCUUCAGAUGUAUUUCAUUUUGAGAUUUCCACUAUAAAGAUUGCAUGCUAUAAA